GGCAGCUCUGCGACACCUUGGAACGCUUGCAAAACUGCCCUGCGACCGCUGCCCGGAACGGCGCUUUUCCUCUGGGAUUCUCGCAUCGGACCCCUCCAGCGCGACACGACGUCCUCGGGAAUCUCAUCGCUGGGGCUAGAGCCUUACCCAACAUCUCCCACGGUGUUGGGCAGCCACACUGAUUUAAGGGGUUUCUUCUUGUUCCCGAUGUGUUUCCGUUACCUCUGCCGAGCCAGCCAGCUGCAACACUGUGAGCCGGCUCUGCCAUCUCUAAAAAGUGCUAAACGGAAAUGCUUUAAAGCCUAAUCAUUCCUCUGAUACGGCUGAUUGACAGUGUAGUCUCACUAACGGUGGGAGAGAUGAUAAGGCGCGGAGGUCAAGAAAGUUGCCCUGAUCACGUUGUUGAAGAAAAGUUUGCCGAUAGUGCCGCAAAAGAUUUGGAAAAAGAUUUGGAGGAAGUAAAAGUCUCUCUCGAGAACAAGACAUUAGCCUUGCAAAGGAUCCAAGUUAUGGUUGCCCUGAGAAACAAAAUGAAGCAAAAUGAUAAUGACUCACGACUGAUCAUGGAAACUACGAAACACAUAGUAACGCUCAGCAAGACAAUAAUUGAUUAUCAGCAGCAAGUACGUGAGAAGGAACAGAAGUUGAUUGACAUUAAAAGGAAAAGACUCUCACUAAAAAAAGCUGGAGGACAGAAACUUCUGCAAAUUCAUACCAUGAUGAAAAAACAGAAGGAGGAACAAGCAGGUAUGAAUGUGAGCACAACACUGGAGAAGAUGCGUGAUAACUUCCAAAAAGAGAGACAUAUCACGACAAUAAUUCAAAAUGUGUUCCAGAAUAUUAUAAUUGGAAGCAGAGUUAACUGGGCAGAAGAUCCAUAUUUAAAGGCAAUUGUUCUACAGCUUGAGAAAAAUGUAUGUUUUCUCUGAGUCAGGAGAAACUGUGGGUUUAAUUUUAUACAGUGUAUGUAAUCAAUGUAGUAAACUUGAUAGAUUAAUAUGUAUCAUGAAAGCACAUUUUAAGAAUUUUAAAAUCUAACCUUUCUCAAAGCCGUUGUUCUCUCAAAGGUCUCUGAACAUGGCCACGCAACUCUUUGAAAUUAAAUUCAGUUCCUGGUCCACAACAGAUGUUUGAACCAGCGGUGUAGCUGAUGAAAUGAUCUGCAGAGCUACUUUUUAGCUGUCCUGUCCCAAGUGCUCAUCUCCCCCAGGCAGUAACACAACAAAGAAGAAUCAUCUCUACAUUUCAAGCCUUUAUGUUAAAGCAGGCUUAAACUACAGCUUUGCCCUUUCUGUCCUCUUCCCCUGGGCACCAUCAGGCUGCCGCGCCCAUACUGGGAGUUAAGUCUGCCUUCGUUUUUUAGUUUCCUUUAUUAAAUUAUUACGUAUAAUUUAAAACACAGGAAAUUUUGUACUAUUGUAAGGAGCUAAGCUGAGCAUCCGGCAGUAGGCACAACCUGUAGAUGCUGUCCCGUGUAGCAAAAUACGACAGCCCUAGGGAAAAUGCAAGAGGUGACGUCAUGCUUACCAGCCGUGCGGGUAGUCGGCAUUUUAAAUAACGUCAUUCCUUCGACAGUUGCGGUUUUGCUUUGUGUUUUGAAAUGACCCAAUCGCAGCGUGCAACGUGUAAAAACGCAGUCGCUUUUAAUGUGGCCAGCGAAUAUCGUCUGUUAAAAGCUGGCCAGGACGUGUGUUGAUCGAAUAAAAAUAAAACGCUGACGUGUUUUGCCGCCUUUCUA